GCUGAUGCGCCGCUAAAUCGCCAUUUUGGAUUUAGUUGGCGCUUUUUCUGUCGUGAAUUUUCGUUCAGAUAGUAAUAGAAUUAAUAUUAUUUAAGCACAUGUGUUUUAAAAACUUUAAAGUGUUGUGAAGUGGAUACUAUCAGACGAUUAAUAUAAUGGAUCCUGCUAAAAUGAAGGUGGUGGACUUAAGGUCCGAGUUGGGUGCUCUCGGGUUAGAUACGAAGGGAAACAAGCCGGCUUUGGUAGAAAGAUUGAAAAAAGCACUCGAAGCGAAAACUGGAACAGCACUACCGGACAAUUCAAUUUUAGAUACAAGCACCGAAGAUACUGAUGAUCCAGGAACACCGCGUCGACCGGCAUCAAGAACCACUCGACGUUCCUCGUCUACUUCGAAACUAGCAGCCACGCCAGCAAAGCCUGCAGACCCACCUGAGCCCAUUCCGGAAGAAACUCGCAGUGACGGUGAUGACCGCUACUCACCAAGCCUUGAGGAAGAAUCAACUGAAUCUCAACCAACUAAGGAUGAACAGGUCGCAAAAGAGCCUAAUAACAGAAAUGAAUCAGAUGAACAGGAGGAUGACAAAGCAAUGGACACCCAAGAAUCUACGGGUCCAGAUGACGCAAAGAAACAUACUGCUGAAACUAUGGAGCAUGACGGUGAUGAAACUGAAGGCAAAAAACAGAAGAAUGAAGAAAGCAAAGAAGAUAAAGCAGAGAAAAAUAAAGAGGAGCCCCGUGAGCUCACAGAAGAGGAAGAAUGGGCUCAAAUGAAUGAACGGCUUCGAAUCAGGGAACAGGAGAGACUUGAACGUGAAAAGAAGCAGGCUGAGGAAGAUGCCAAGAAACUAGAAGAAUUGAGCGAUAACCCUGUCAAACUCCAGCGUUUGAAACGUAAAUACGAGAAAAAAGCUAGAUGGAGCAAUUUCUAUAAAACCGUGGAAGCCACUAAUGAAAUUUUGACGCCUCCAGAACCGCUUAUUCGGAAAGAAGCAAAAUCUGCCAACUCCAAAGAACAAGGUAAAGGGAAGAAUAAGGAUGCUCAACCUCCACCCGAGAUAAGAGUUCCCGAACCUGAGCUUGACGAUAACAAAGUCACUUUAUCUUGGUAUGACAGCGAUCUCAACCAAUACCUAGAGCUACCAGAACUGAACUCUGUUGUUCCACUCAGUGAAGGAGCCUUUUCGCACGCUUGGGCCGGAGCCAGAGCCACCCAUGGGGUUGUUUCUGGACGAGUCGUCUAUGAGGUGCGUGUCGGAGAUGUUAUGGCAACAACUGAAACUUCUGAAAAAGAUGCGCUAACAUCUGGAAUAAGAAUCGGCUGGUCCACAGACGACUCUUCUUUGCAUCUUGGUGAAAGUGAGUUAAGUUGGGGCUUCGAGAGCACUGGCCGCAUUGUCAAUAAUGGAGAAUACAAAGAAUAUGGGAAAUCGCUUAACGAAAAGGAUGUUGUUGGUGCUUAUUUGGACUUGGAGUCGGAGCCGUGUGUGGUGUCGUACACGCUCAACGGCGCGCCGCUCGGCACCGCCUUCGAGUUCCCGCGCAGCGCGCUGGGCGGCCGCACGCUGUACCCGCACGUGCUCACCAAGAACAUGUGCUACAAAGUCAACUUCGGAUACGAACGUUACAACAUGCUGUCAAAAACAAAAAUAGUGCGGAAACGCAUUGAAGUACCAGUCGAGCAAGUUUUAGAAGAAAAGAGGGUCAUUGAAGAAGAAGUAAACCGUUUGAAAGAAGAAGCAAAGAGAAGAGAACGAGAGAGGAGAGAAAGAGAAAAAUCAGACAGGGAGGAGAGACAGAAACGGAAACGUGAGGAACGUGAAAAGCAAGAGCGGGAAAAGAAAGAAAAGGAAUUAGCAGAGAAACGCGAGAAAGGAGAAACAUCAGAUAAUGAGAAAGAUGCUGAGAAAUCAGAAGAGAAAGAGGCAGAAGGUGAAAAAGAUAAAACAGGAGACGAACCUAAGGAAAAUGGGGAGAAUAAAACAGAAAAGAAAGAUGAUUCGAAAACUGAGCCAAUGGAAACCGACGAGCCUCCCGCUGAAUCCGGAGCCGCGCAACCCGCCGACCAGCCCGCCGCCAAGCCCGACGCUCCAGCAGCCGAGGGUGACGUACCCGAAGUGACAGCCGAGCAGGUCCUUGAGGGCCAUGUAUUGGACAAGAGAAUUAAGUUUGUUAUAAGAUACCGCGUGGACGAGGAGCUGGACGGCCCGGAGGAGGCCAAGCUGCUGCCCGACUUCACGCUGUUCGCGCACGCGCAGCUGCAGCCCGGCCCCCGCCGCCCCCCGCAGCCCGAGGUGAUCCUCAUGGUGGGGCUGCCUGGAUCUGGAAAGACCUACUGGGCCAAGAACCACUGCGACACAAACUUGGACAAACGCUACAACAUUUUGUCUACUGGUGCUCUCUUUGAUAAGAUGAAGGUGGACUGUAAACCAUUCCGCGCGACCUUCGAAGGCAGGUGGGACGCUAUGGUCUCCAAGUGCGCUAAAUGCGUGCUUAAAUUGCUGGAAUUUGCGCGUGACCGAAAAAGAAAUUAUAUUUUAGAUCAAACCAACGUAUACCCGUCGGCUCAAAGACGCAAAAUGAGAGAGUUCGAGGGAUACCGACGUGUGGCCGGCUGCAUACUGCCUCGCGACGAGCAGCGAGCCAGAGCUACCUCUUCCGACUCCAAGGACGUGCCGGACGCUGCGCUACUCGACAUGAAAGCCAACUUCACCGCGCCCGAGAAGUGCUCUUGGAUAGAUGAGGUGAUCUAUCCGGAGCUACCUGAAGAAGAAGCCAAAGCCGCAAUCGAAGCGUACCACAAGGAAGCGAAAGCGGCAGGCGCGGGCCGGGAGCGCGAGAAGCGGGAGCGCUCGGACGCGCGGGAGGGGCCGCCCGCCAAGCGCCCCCGGGAACACGACAAGCGACACGGCCGGGAGGACCGCGGCCGUCCGACGCGGGACUUCAGCCGCGACCGAGAAGAUCGCUGGGGUGGCGGAGGCGGCGGAAGUAGGUGGGGUGGAGGUGGUGGCGGCGGCGGCGGCGGUGGCGGUGGCGGCGGUGGUGGUGGUGGCGGCGGCGGCGGCGUUGGUGUUGGUGGAGGUGGUCGUGGCAGUAGAUGGGGUGGACGACAACGCCCUGGGCCACCUACUACACCUCGCUUUGACCGCUGGGGACCACCACAACCCCAACGUGGCGGCGAUUUUGGCCGUGACCGAGACGGAUAUCGCGGUGGGCGUGGUGGAGGCGGCGGCGGCGGCGGCGGUGGUAGCGGAGGAGGGCGACUUGACCGUCCCAUGCCGCGCGGUCCCCCCGGGCCUCCCCCUCCCAACGCCGACCGUUUCAACCGCGACCGACCUCCGAGACCCAUCGACAACAAACGUCCACCACAGGGACCUCCCGGUGGUGGCGGCAACACCAAUAUUGGAGGUCCAACUGGAAACAAUACGGCCGGAUCAUGGCAACGCGGGAAUAACAGAAACAACAAUGCUGGACCACCGCCGGCCGUGCCACGACCGAACAAUCCGCCGAAGGCACAGGAUGGUCCAAAUACACAAAAUCAAAUGCAGCAGAACCAACAGAAUCAACAGCAAGGUUGGAAUCAGUGGGAUGGUGGUUGGGGAGGUUGGGGCAACUGGAACCAGAAUCAAGGCUGGGGCCCGAACUGGGGUAGUUGGGCCAACUGGGGCAAUCCUACGGGAGCAACUCAGUCUGGUCAGGGCGGCCAACAGUCUGCCUCUAGCGGUCCGACUGCACCAAGUGGACAAACUGGCAAACAACCACAACAACAACAACAACAGCAACAGCAACAACAGCAGCAACAACAGUGGCCUGCCAACUACACAGCGCAACAGUGGUAUCAAUGGCAGCAAUGGCAACAGCAACAACAGAAUUGGGCCAGGUAUCAGCAAGGCAAUCAGCAGGGAGGUGGCGCUCAGGACCCACAAGCUUGGGCCGCUCAAUAUUAUCAGAACUACGGUAACACCAACUCUACAAACAACGGCAACACUGGCAAUGAGAAGAAGUGAUGAGACGCGGCACACGCAUCACCUGAUACCAGCGAGCGGUUAAAGCAUUGCAAACAUAUUUUUAUAAAAACACCUGUUUUACAUAAGUAAAUAAAUAAAUAGCUUUAUUUCACUAUUUUUAAGUCACACGAGUGUUGGGUUUUAUCUUAAGAGUUUAAUUGGUUUUUGUUUUCAAUUUCCGUAAAGUUUUUGUAAACUAAAAACUUUUUGCACGAGACGCGGCCUUCUGUUGCCGAUGUCGGCUAAAUGUUCACGGUAGUGAGGCGUUGUCAUUUUAGUUUAUUGUUAGUAUUAAAAUUAUAUUAUAGUAGGGUUUAAUUUGUAAGAGGUACCUAAUGACUAAAGUUUAUUUAGUGCUGCGUGUGAAUGAAUGUGUGAGCGAGUGAGUGUGUGACGUUCUUUCGUUUAGAUCGUAAUUAUGAAUGAAUGAAUACUGAUGAUGGCAAUGUAAUAAAACACUAAGCAUAAUCGAUUGAGUUU